AUGUCUCAUCGGCCCUGGGCAAAGCCAGCUGGCCGGUUGGCUAUGGACUUCUACUUCAAGGCCUGCCAUGCUCGUGAGGAAAUCAAGCGGCUCAAUAUUGAGAUUCACCAAGUUGCCACCUACCUGAGGGAUGAAGAUAAGUAUCUGCAAAUAUGUGAAGAACAGAUUUGUCCAGCAAGUCCUGCUCUAGCCUACCAAAUACGCAUUCAUUACAUAAAACAGGGCUGUUUAAAUGCACAUCAUGUACUCCAUCUACUAGACAUUGUCAAGCUCCCGGGGUUCAGCGGUAUGAUAGUACCAGGGGAAAGAACACAAACAGGAGUAGGUGAGAGUAGAAGUAUUCCUAUGGCAAAGCUACCUUCAUUACUUGUACCUGUCUCUCAUUCCCCUUGGGUUGGACAGCCAAGUGAAGACAACAUAUGCAAACAAAGGGAUAGCCCAGAGGACCUAGAAGAAGAGGAAGAGGAAGACGAACAUGUUGAGGAGGCCUCUGAAGCGGUACUAGGCAUUUUGGAGGUAUCUGAGGACACUUAG